AUGGGUUAUAUUGGAGGACAUGGUGUUGAAACGCUGCACAAGUACAAGUACAGCGGUGUGGACAACUCUCUGGUUGCGAAAUAUAUUUUGCAACCUUUUUGGACUCGCUGUGUUACGUUAUUCCCUCUUUGGAUGCCGUAAGUGCUUCAUUCAUCUAUCUGGUCUAUUAAUGUAAUUUACGUACUCUAUUAAUAUAGCGCAGGGCCAACGAUUCAGGAUGGUAGGGGGAACUACAGAAGACAAAUAACCUAGGAGAAAAUGGUUGUAAGAUAAUCAUAUGAAUCAUUCGAUAUCAGGAACUUACUAUCUCACUUCUCAUACUUUAUUUAAAGCAGAAAAUAAAGACCAUUGUUAAAAGCACCUUAAUCAAGUCCUAUCGUGUGGCCUUUUCCAGUAUGUUCGUGUUGUGGAAGAUAGUUGAUAUUUACUCUUCAAACUUCAGGAUGGGCCAGAAUCGUAGUAAUCCAAGAGUUGCCUGGGUAGUGAGCCAUUGUAGAAGGGUAACUCAUUGAGGCACCUAAAUGAUUCUCUCCUCAACCAUCUUUGUGUCUUGCUUUGUUUGCAGCCUUAGUCAGCAUGUUAUGCAUCUUACGCAAUAAACCAAAAGAUUAUUCUAUUAUUUAUGUGUAAUAUUAAAAAUGUUCAUGAUCAUUAAAAGUUUUUUUUAAAAAAUAAAAUAUAAUAAUUUAAAAAUGCUAUUUCUUUCUGCUUAAAAGACCAUUUGAUGUACUCUAAAUCUAGUUUUAUCGUCAAUGGAAAAAAGAAAAGUAUUAGGAUUAUGCUCAAAUAUAUUUUUUUCUUCAUGCGAGAAAAACAGGUGUGUUGCAUAAAGAUCAUUGUAUCUAAGUUAAUUUGAGAUAGAAGAUAGAUAUUUUUUAAUUAUACAUUUUCGUAGAGCCCUAGCUGAAGCUAGAGUUUGCUUAGGUACCAUAACUUGUCAUUUAAGUAGUAAGGAAUUAGGCUACUUUGUCCCUUGGCUUAGUCGCCAAAUCAGCUAUGAUUUUUCUGGCCGACCUAAACUGAAUCUUAUUUCAAUCAUUUAGCCUAAAUAUCGAUUUGGUUGAACAACUUCAAAAAUUCCUGCCCAAAUUUCAGAGUUUUGGUUAAGUCUAAUUCAGUUCACUGGCCCAAAGCCGCCCAAACUAGCGAGGUCCAUAUGCUGCAGUUAUUGCCGUUACUUUAUAUUCAUGAAUCCAUUAUAUUUUUUAAGUAUAUCAUGCUAGUAGACAUAAUUCUCUUCUCACUUCUUUCCUUGGAACAUAUGCCAACAGACUAUUAAAUUUUUCGCCUUAAUUGUGUUUGGUUCAUGCCUUCUUUUGAACCGAAUUUGAGGAUUGAGGUCAUCUGACCCAGAUGGUACUCAGUUUUUUUUGGUUGUUUUGAGCUUAGCCUGAUACUUUUAUUUGAUUAGGUGUUAGGCUAUGGUGGGACUGACCUGUUUUUAAUUUGGUUGAUCUAAAUGCCACAUGGCUCUAUAUAAACUGGUGAAAUUGGUUGCCAUCACCCAACCCCUACUAAAAAUAAUAAAUUAAAAAAUGUUAGGAGCACCUUACUUCUUCACUUCUGCAUGAUUCAUCUCACUCUCAAGUGAACACGUCUCAAGAAUAAUGAUUGCAUGUCAUACGUGUCUUGCACAAGAUGGAUUUUUUGGGACUGUGGGUGAGCUCAUUAAUGUAUCAAGAACUGGCUGACAACAUAUUUAAAAUUUUUAGACAUGUUCUACAAAAGUAGUAUGCUUUUCUAAAUCCUGUUAAAUUUCCCUGUUAUUGGAAAGUUCCUUGUACCAACCAAUUCUGUGUAGUUGUUGACAACUGACCACCAUUUUACAUGAAAUAUGCCCAUCUUACCCAUUGAUUAUUGGUUCAUCAUGAAGGGGAAUGAUUAAAUAGGGUGUCUUAGAUUUAGUAUUGGUCUAAAGCCAUACAUCCAAGGAAACAUAACUUAAACAUGCAAAAACCCUCGGUUGUCACCGUAGUAAUGUCACUGAACCAUGUAACUUGAAGUUUACCCAAUCAAAACCACGAGCCUGAAUAUCCUGGUAAUGAUUUGUUUUCUUUUCCUAGUAGAGAGCCCCAGAAAACAUUUUAGUUCGAUUUAUUUACACACUGGAUAGCUAAGGAUUCUGACUCAAUUUUGUUCGUUUUCUGUCUGCAUUUGGGUGCAAAUUCAGGCCAAAUAUGGUGAGUUUACUCUGCGCAUCUUGUUCCACUUCUUGUUUCCAGUUUUUAUUAUUUUCCUCUGAGAGAACAUUUAGAUACUUUUUGUCUUCCCCAGAUCACACUUAUGGGCUUUCUGUUCCUAGUCACAUCAGCUGUGCUUGGUUAUGUAAGUGUUUUUGUCUUCUUCUUCUUCUUCUCAAGUCAAUGUACUGAAAUCAUAGUACUUUCAAUUGUAUGCUAAAGCAAAAAAAUUGGCUUCUAAUCUUAGGCAUGCUGCAUUUGUUUUUUCUUUGGCGCCCAUUAGUGUUGCUUUGCAUUUUCCACAUUGUAGAGUGUUUGAUCCAGAAUAUACAUCUUGUUGUUUGUAAUAAAUACUUUUCAUUAAGAUAUGGAAUAUUAUUUGCAUAGUUGCUACUUGAUCUCGUUCAUUUUUUGCUUAUGAAGGGAAAAAGUAAUGAUGUUUUGCAAAGCUUUGGGCGAGUGGAAUAAUUCCUUUUACUCUAUAUUCAAGGGGUUAAAUUUGAAUAGUCAAACAUGAGUUUAUUGCUGUAUUAUCUCAUAGUUUAUACAGCCCUUGUUCUUGUAAAUUAUCUCUUUUGCAUGCCACUCAAGGAAAGGAGCAAUUCUACGAACUAAACUCUCUAGCUUGUACUUUUUAUGCUAGGAGCUACAUGAUCUUAACUUGACAAAAGUAUUGAUUUUCAAAUCAUAACUAAAGAUAGUUUGUUUGUACCAAUAAAAUGCACUUGAAAAAUUAAGUUUUCUUACUGUACUGGUUCUUGUCCUAAUAUCCUUUCUCAAAAGUUUAAUUACAGCAGGAUAGUAGUUAUGUUUUUUGUUUCCGUGGAAGUGAUAAUCUGUACACUCUGUAUUUCUCAAUUUUUCGAUAAUUGUAUCUGGUGCUAAUCAACAAGGUCUUUAAUGGAUCUUCUGGGGCUACUAUUGUUGUCACUUAUAUGAGGGACCUUUCAUAUGACACAUGAAAUACAUUUCGUUUUUAUCACGUGACUCUUGCAGAUAUAUUCACCUCGGUUAGACACAGCUCCCCCAAGAUGGGUACACCUCGCUCAUGGAUUGCUCUUAUUUUUAUAUCAGGUUUGUCAUAGUUAAUUUGUGGGCUGAUCGUUUGUGAUGGCUUGAUCUUCCCCUGGAUUAUGCAUCAAAUUUACUCGAUUCUGAAUAGCUGUAGUUUUAUUUCAUGCUUCAAAACGUAGUUUUUAUAGCUCCUCGUAAGUAAUGCAUGCGACCAGGUUACUUGCAAUGAAUAUUCAUCUAUCAAUCUUUCAUAUUUUUCUCACUUACAGUAAGGCUGGUGAUAAAGUCCUUUAGAAAGGGACAGAUCUCCCUGUUGGAGUGAUGGUUAGGCAAGCAAGAGAUUCCAUAUUUGAUGUGUUUCUUGGGUUUUACUUUCGAUGUUUUUGCACUUGCUUUUCUGAAUUAUGGUACUUAAACUAAAGUCCUACUAAUGAAGGUGUUCAUUUUCAUAACUCCUCUCAACCCUUAUUCCCUUCAUAUAAACCUCAACCUCCCAACCCUGUCAAGAAAAAUAUUAGUUUUUAGUUAGAAUGUCAGAAGAUAUGUUACAUCAUACUUUACAUGACUUGCCAACAUUUGGGCCGAUACAUUUGAGACAGCCUGCAUUUUUGGAUUUACCGAGCUCUGAUUCAUGUGGGUGUGGACUGAGUCACCCAUCAUUGGGAGAUAAACGUGUACGGUCUUGGAUAGAUUGUAAAUCUUGUCGACUUGGUUACUAAUAGACUCAACUUACAUUUGACCUGUGUAGACUCAUACGUAGGACUAUGGUCUAUCAUAAGUCAACUCAGUUAAAAAUCACCAAAAAAAAAUCAUAUUUUUAAUGUAGUUUAUAGAUCAGCUGAUAUUUUUAUCAGAGGUAAGAAGAAAAAUAUUAACACGGAAUUUUUUGGAGAUACCUUUCCCACGAUUUGCAUCCCUUUUCUCCCUUUCCCAAGACCUUCCAUACUCCCGCCUACACUGCCGCUUUCACCUCAUUAAGGAACUGAAAUUUUACAGAGGAUGCAAACAUUCCAAAAUGCACUUAUGCCAUCAGCAACAGUGGAAGUGCCAUCUUUCUAUUUUCUUUUUUCUAACCUUCGAAUUCUCUCCUUUAGCAGUACGACUUUCUCUAAUCGUAAUUUUCUUUUUCUACCACGCAUAGCAGUACGACUUAAGCGUAAAUGGUUAAUGUUGCACGCACCCAUCCUUACGUUUUUUCUUUAAAUACUCAUCUCAGACUUUUGAUGCUGUUGAUGGCAAGCAAGCUAGGCGUACGAAUUCGUCAAGUCCAUUGGGGGAACUUUUUGACCAUGGUGAAUUUCGUCUACCUUCUAGUUCCUGUGAAAACUGAUGAAGAACUGGAUGCUUUCAAUGGGCUCUUUGCUCUUAUUUCUUGAUGUUCUUAGUUUUUUUCUACUUGCAGGAUGCGAUGCACUUGCAUGUGCGGUAUGCUGACUAUCGCUAUCUCCGGUCCUUUUAUGCUACACUCUAAUAUUAAGUGACAAUUUCUGAUCCUUCAAUUUCUCAGUUUGAAGCCCUGGCUUUCGGAAGCACUGCUAUGUGUGGUACAAGAACUUUUUGGUUUUGGGUGAUUUCGGCUAUCCCGUUUUACUUCGCUACGUGGGAACAGUUAGUUAAUUUUAUCACUCCUUUAAUGCACAUGUUUUCUUUUUUCAUUUGUCUGUGAGUGCAAAUAUGCCUAAACAGAGGACUCCAGUUAGGUAGGUGAUUUUUCCUCCCUCUAAUGCAUUAGUUUUCUUUCUGUUUCUAUUUUCUAUCCUGAUGUUCUCUGUGGUAUUAUAGGAAACCUGGGAACUCUAUGUCAAAAAGAAGCAUGAAACGAUUUUUCUGAUAAUAGGGAAUCAAGAUAAAGGCAAGAGAUAAAUUGUUCCUUUUAUUGUAUUUAAGCCCAUUGUUGGGUUAGAGCUUUGUGGGUUUGUAUGAAGUUGGAUCUUCACUGUCGACCAAGGCGUCAGUUCCAUCCUUCUGACUUGGGAACAUCAUUAAUUAAUUUUGAUAAGAUGAUUCCCCAAUCGUGCAAAAUUUCAUUUCAUAUUAAAACUGAUGUAAAUUUGGAUGUAGAUCUAAAACCUUAAUAGUUUGUGACUUCCAACCUAUUUGAUGAAUCGACGGAGUGAAGCCUCUUCGAUGACUCCAUGAGAUGAAACUCAUUUGAAGGUUAAUGGGAUGAAGUCCUUUUGACAACUUCCUUGAAGUGAAAGGCAUGCUGGAAUUUAUAGGAUGAAGUCGAUCUGACAGUUUUUUUAGAAUGAAGAUUAAUUGACAACUUUAUUGGUUGAAGCUGAUUUGAGACUCUAUAGGAUGAAUCCCAUUUUUAAUAUUUUUUUAUGCUAAAACGUGUUUGAAAAUCUAUGAGAUGAAGCUCAAUUUACAGAUUUCUUGGACGAAAUCUUUUUUGUGGGCUUAUAAGAUAAAACUCGUUGAUAAGUUUCUAGGAUGUAUCUCAUUUGGUCUCGUUUGGGAUCCUCUCACUGACUUGGAACGUUGGACUUCACUCUCGUAGGGGUAUGUGGGUCCAUUAUCACUGAGCUUACUGACUAGGGAUGAGACUUACGUAAGAUUAUGUGAACCGCUGUCAUUGAGUUUGAUAAUUAGAUAUGAUACUCUGCGAAUUUCCAUUAAUAAUGCAGUUGACUCAUAUGUACUAUACAUUGAGUCAAAUGGGCCACUGGACAUAAUAUCCACAUUACACCAAUAAGCUAAUUGCUACUGAGUUGGACUACUAAUCAUAAGGCCUACCUUACAUAAGCAAUCCCAUUAGCAAUGAGUUUGGCCACUGAAUAUAAGGUUUAAAUUGGUCAGAAGCACAUAGGCCCUUAUUAGACCAUGUUUUUUAAGAUUACUAGCUUCAUGAAGUGGGCUGAGUUAGGUUACAUGAGCUUGCGGGUGACUACUUGCCUCUUUCUUGAGCCAAGACCUCCUUUUCCCUCUUUGCUUUCUUAUAUUUUUUUGGUUAACUCCACUCUCUUCUUCUCAUCAAGUGUGUGCGUGUUUAUCCUCUUUUGGGAGAGAAUUCAAACUCUCUUUUAUAGAGCCUUUUGGGCUUUUGAAAGGCUGAAAUAUCCCCAGACGGUACAAGGAUGUUGGGGGCAUUUCAGACCCGAUUAGUCAUGAUCAAGAAUGGUUUCAGCCAAUCAAUAUCAGAAUUUCCCUAUUUAGUGCAACAGGGGAAUGUAGAUCAGCAAUUUUCUGAGGCUGUUUAUUUUAUUUUUUCGGGCGAUCCAGGAGAAGGUGGGGUAAAUAAAGUAUGAAUUUUCUGAUGAGGUUCCUCAUUAUUUGAUGCAACUAAAACCGUUUAAUAAAAAUUAUAUGCAGUUUUAAUGUGAUAAUACUACCCUUUUUCCUGAGAAUGUGCUUCCCUGGAUCAGAUCGAACUUUGUGGCGAAUUCAUUAUUCAGCACUCUGAUCCAACUUGUGUAUAUUUUUCAUGUAACUGUUCAUGUCAUGAGGUUGUAGUGUCUAGAUGAACUGUUUGAUUUUAUAUAUGUAGUCACUACAUGUUAAAUGGUCUCUAUAUCUAGUCAGAUUUCCUGGUAUGCUCUGUUAACUUUGUGCAAUCUAACGAGUGAUUUUUCUGGGAUUUUUAACCUAUAUCUGCUAAUGCUUUAUUUUUCAUGUUCCAGCUUUUUUACAAAUACGCUUAUUCUUCCAAUAAUAAACGGACCGACUGAAGGGCUCAUGCUGAUUUAUCUAUCCCACUUUUUCACAUUUUUUGUUGGUGAGCAUCUUGAUUCGCUUUCAUCUUGAAUUUACCUGACCAGGCUAUCUUGUUUUAAAUGACUUAAUUUAUGUACGUCUUUAAAAGGAGUGCUCCAAUUUCUUCUUGCUGUUGCACUUCUGAUGUUUUUGCUUUCAGGUGCUGAAUGGUGGGCGCAAGAUUUUAGAAAGUCUGUCCGUUUUCUGGGUUGGAUCCCUCUAAAUUAUGGUUUGAUUCUUUGCCAAACCUUAUAUAUUAUAGCAUCAAUAGUUACGAACCUAUGUAUUGAUAAAGGAUAGCAUCUUUCUUUACACUUCCUGUUUUGUCCCUGCUUGUUAGUUAUGUCCUGCUGUGAACUUUAGUUGUUUCUGUGUUCUGCCUUUUGAUAUAUUAUUCUUUCUCCUCUGAAAAACUCGUCAGAAAAUUUUAGCUGACGUGAAAUUGAAGAAUGUAUUGGCUUAUAAGCACUUUCUUUUAUUUUCUUCUUUUCUAACUCUCCCCCUCUUCUGUCUCACAUUUCUUUUUCUCAUGACUUUUCUUCUGUCUUAGUCAUUGCAAAAAAACUGAUUGGGCUCAUCCUUCCGAGAGUGGCAUCAUUAGUAUCCGAAUCCAAUAACCCAUAAUGGGGUGUUGUAUUCAUCCCUUUGUGUAUACCUCCGUACGCAUAUGCAUAUAUGUGUGCUCAUGCGUCCGCAACAGGGUUGAUGAGUGCCCGCCCACACAUCUGCCUAUGUGUAGAUAGUUCACUGCCACCUGUGCGUGCCCCCUAAGGUUCAUGCUCCUGCCUAGAUCUUUCCUGAAUUUCCCUUUUUGACCACGAUCCUGUUACUCUCGUGUGCUAUCCAUGAGGACUUUGGUCUUUUGUAUCUCCAUGUGGAAUUAGCACAACUACCUAUUCUGUGUAGUCUGCUAGGUGAGAAAGACCAUCUCCAAGGGAACCAGCAUACACUGCAAGGGUUUUCUUCUCCUCCACUCUUCCUUUUCUUCCUCUUAUAUUUUCUAUAGUUAUUCAUUUUUCACUUUUACUUUUAUGUCCUUGCUGCCUCCUCUUUUCCGUACUAUUUUCUUCAUUUAAAUCUUUUAAUUUUUUACUGGAUAAACCUUUGGUAAUGUAAGGCUUUUAGUUUGCAUGGCUGACAGAGAGCUUCGGUAUUAGAAGUUUCCUCUUUUCUGCUCCCUAUUUUAGCUAAACUAACUCCUUUUAGUGGUGAUUGGAUUUUUUUCUUCAUUUAUUGUUAUUAUUAGAUUAUUCAUUCCUUUUUUCUUCACCUGAAUUGUUCUCUGCCAAAUUUUGUUCUCCAGAAAUUCCGUUGUAUGAGCUCGUGCUGUUUCUUAUGAUUGUGAUAGCUGUUCUACCUACCAUUUGGUCCAAGUAUGUACAUUUCGCUUAUUGAAAUCAUACUACUUUUAGUUAUUUAUUUAUUAUUUCUAUUAUUGUUCAUUCUGGCUUCAUAUGAAUAAUGAUAUUUGGUUAUCGUAAGUGGAUGAUGAGGAACAUUCCAGCCUGCCUGAUGGUGACUCCAUGCCAAGAAGAAUAAAAUUGUUGGCUGUAAUUUCCAAAGUCUUAUCUCUUUUAGAUAAGCUAUUCCUUCACUUUCUGAUGGAAGAUUAAAGGACCGUUCUUGUUAUGUUGCUCGCUUAGGAAAGGAACAAUUUCUUUCAAUUAAAUUGCCUUUUUUAUAAAAUCUGGGUUGAUAUGAUUUCGAAUCAUUUUGACAAUUGAGAUUGCUAGCAUCGUUUGCUCAAUAACUUUAUUCAUUUAGAUUCCUUGUUUUCCUUUGCAGCAUUAGCAAUGUCUACAAGGUCGUCCAAGCUAGAAAAGGAAGUAUGCUGCUGGCAUUAGCAAUGGUAACAUGAGAUGAUAAUCUCUUGCCAAUAUGUUCUGUUGAGCGUCUUCUUUUCCUAAUCCAGGCGAGCAUAUAAGGACUAAAAUAAUGAAAACUGGUUCAGGCUGACGUUUCGUCAGUCUUUUACCAUCAACAUGUCGAAAGUUAGAAUCAUUAACUUUUGAUGUUGAUGUAAGCAGUAUAGGAUUGCAAUCUAGAUCUGGAAAAUCUGAGUCUCAUUUGUGUUUUGACAAUUUUUGUCUCCUCUCAGCUUUACCCUUUUUGUGUGCUUAUGGGAGGAGUUCUCAUCUGGUACGUGGGAGCUCCAGAAUUAUCAUUGGCUGUUUCCAAUAAAUCUAGAUUGAUAUUAACGUUGAUGGAAUUCAUUCUGGAAUUUCAAUGCAGGUCCAUUAUCUCUCCUGAUGAUGUCAUGCUAAAUUACCCACAUCUGCUAAUAAGUGGAACUGGAUUUGCCUUUGGCUUCCUUGUGGUACAUCUCUGUGGAAUCAAUCUAGCAUAUUCAGUAUAAAUGCUUAUUUUUAUGUUAUCUGUUGAUGUGACCCGCUAUUAAACCCCGAACCAUAACUUAUCAAGGAAAUGAUAUAACUAGCUAAAUAAGUUUUACAUGUAUGAUUAUUGUAGUCAAGUGCAUGCUAUGAAUAAUGUCUUAGACAUUUACUUCUCUUUAUCUUUGUCGUAAUUUUUUUAUUAUGUCUUUAAACUAGGCAACCUCUAGGGAAUAUCAUGUUUUUCCCUUUGUUUGUUCUUAUAUACAAGCACUUUAUCUGAUUGUUUUAGUUUCUUCAUCUGAUAUCCUGUCUGUUUAUUUUCUCCAUACAUCAACAAGAGAACAACUAGAAAAUAGGGUAAUUUUCCUUUUUUGGGUUUUGCUGUAUUUUUCAUUAGAAACUAAAAAAAGAUUUUUUUUUCUUCAGGGCAGGAUGAUUCUGGCUCAUCUUUGUGACGAGCCCAAAGGCUUGAAGACCGGAAUGUGCAUGGUAACUACCUCUGUGGUGCCUUAAAUUCUGAACUUUUUUUUCUCGAAAAAUUGUUGCCCUGAUGCAGUGGCAGAAUUUUCCUUUCGUAUAUGUUCUCCCUAUGACUAAGCGACAUCGAUCAUCCUUACUAACUUUUUCGGUUUAUUUAUACAGUCUCUACUGUAUCUUCCUCUUGCUAUUGCAAAUGCACUCACUGCCAAGCUCAAUGGAGGGUAUGCGAUCACUUUUCGGGUGUUUUCUUAGCAUAGCUCUUGUUCAACGCUAUUGCUGACGUAUAUUUUUGGCUGUAGAUCUCCUUUGUUUGAUGAGCAUUUGGUUCUUCUUGGAUACUGUGCAUUUACGAGUAAGAUUUUUUCGACUUGCUUUCAUUUCAGCAUAUAUAUUAUUUUUAUCUUUUUCUUGGAUAGUGUGUGUUUGUUCUACUGUGAUAUUUAUUUAUAUAUUGCUCUCAGCUUCAUCUCUUACUGACUGAAGUGUGAUAUUAUCUGAUAAUAGUGAUACUCUACGUGCAUUUUGCAACAUCUGUCAUCCAUGAGAUCACCUCUGCGUUGGGUAUCUACUGCUUCAGGUUAGAGAGAGAGAGAGAGAGAGAGAGAGAGAGAGAGAUCACUUAGACUAAAGAAUGUGCUGAUUCCAUCUCGUGGGGUAAUCUCUAACAGCGUGUUUGUCUGUUCACGACAGGAUCACGAGGAAAGAAGCCUAG